UCGCGAGGCACGACCCGACCGCGCCUUCCUUUCCAAUAAUAAAAAAAAAACUUUUUACUUUUUUUUUUAAAACCCGUGACAGUACCUACCGAACAGAGAGUGUCUUCGAAUUUUGUGUUGUGAAGUGGAGGAAUAUUAUUGUUCAAUAAAAUACUCCUAAUGGGAUCCAAAUGCUGAUACACCAGAGGCAUUGGAAUGACCCCACACGCGAGUUCCGCGUGUUCAACCUCAACCCUCAAAAAUGAUACCUUGUACCUGGCCAACCACACUAAUCUUCCUCAUAUGGUUGUGCAAUGACGUUGCAUCGAAAAGGAAUCACACCCUCAAACCCAGGGUCGUGCUGCCAGAGAACUAUGUCAAAGAGAUGCGCCCUCCAGCCAGAAAGGGGCAACCAGUCACAGUCGAGUUUAGCAUAUACGUCGUGGACGUCAAUUCCAUAAACGUUGAAGACAUGGAUUUCAGAGUGGACAUGUUCAUCAGACAAACAUGGCGGGAAAGUAGACUCCAACUUCCAGACGACAUCUUCGAGGAAGGCGAUGACCACGUCACACUGCCUCCAGAAUUCUUCGAUAAUCUGUGGCAUCCGGAUCCUUACUUCCUGAACUCAAAGGUCACAGAAAUCGCGGAGUUGACUCACAAGUUCUCUUCUGUGACACUGUACAGAAACCAAACAGUGCGGUAUGCAGCCAGAAUGCAUGCUAUCAUCGCUUGCCAGAUGGAAUUCCAACUCUACCCCAUGGACAUACAGUCGUGUCCAAUUUACAUUGAAAGUUUUUCAUACAGUAACCAGAAGGUAAGGUUUCGUUGGAGUGAAGCUGGAGUAACUAUCAACCCUGAGUUGAAACUGCUUCAAUAUCAUAUUGGUGAGCCACUACGUUUGGAGGAGACCAAUGGUUAUAUGAUCGAUAAAGAUGGAAACUACUCCAGACUGGUAGUAUACUUCAGGUUCGAGCGCCAGAUCGGCCACCAUCUUAUUCAGACCUUCGCUCCAUCAUCUUUGGUGGUGAUGCUAUCAUGGUUCAGCUUCUGGCUGGACCUGGACGCCAUUCCCGGACGGGUCACCCUGCUGGUCACCUGCAUGUUGACCCUCGUUACCAUGUUCACUGGACUGAGAGCUGACAUUCCUCCAGUCGCUUAUGUUAAGGCCCUCGACUUAUGGAUGGCAGGCUGCAUGAUGUUCGUGUUCGCUGCCCUCGGAGAGUUCGUUGUUGUAAAGGUGCUAGAUAAGCAGUACCAGAUGAACAAGAAUAAAGCACAGGAAUCCAUGCCGAGGAUCAUUCCAGUACGUCUAAAUGGAGAAAAGGGCUCAUGUGGCACAGUAGCAGCCUGGGAAGGGUCGGGUGUACGAUGCCGGAAGGUGGACCUGACGUCACCAACCUCGCCAGCAGCCAACACGCCAGCCGUUCACCCCGCUCCCUCCGCGCCGCAUACCCCACAUCUCGUUGGUGUAGAGCGUCGCCAGAGCAUACUUCAGGUCGCUUGGCUGGAUGCUGACACGGGCCAAGAGCGGGUGCUAUGGAGGGAGAUAGACAAACUGUCGCGCGUCGUGUUCCCAGCCCUCUUCCUUCUAUUCGUCACUAUGUACUGGCCAGUUCUUCUGCUGAAAACAAAAACAUCCUCAUAACAAUUAGAGUUACCCACGCCGUCAUACCCCGACGGCGACUUGAUAGAAAUCUGAACAAAUUUUUUACAUUUUGUUGUAGUAUGCUGAGAACUUGGCGGUCUUUGCUGUCUGUCUACCACGGAAUGAAUGUAACGUGAAGAUAAUUCAGUCUACGGAGACUAGCGACGUCUGCAUGGUCGUAUUGUUUGACUUUAGUACGAAGAAAGUAGAAUUAAUUAGAAUUGGCUAUAAGCUUGAUUACAAUGAAAGUUUUAUCAAAAUCCAUCCAGUGCGUAGUUUUAAACGAUAGAUACAGAUCAAUAUAUUCUACUGAGCUUAUUUUUGUAGUGUCUUUCACGAUUAGAUAUGAGAUGCUAAUGAUAAUGGCUUACGAGUAUAUAAGUAAUAGGCCUUUUGAACAGAACUACUUAACACCAUGCAUACCCACAUACCGCAACAAACAGAGUAUAGGUAUGGAUUUGUGACACAAUAUUACAGUAUUAAAUAUAGGCCCUUUUAAAUGAGGAAACUAUUUAAAGCAAAAUAUUGGUGCUGGUUCUAGUACACAUCAUCUACUUUUUUUUCGUUUGGUUUUCCCCGAAGGGUAAGGCAAAGGGAACUAUGCCCAUACAGCCAUGUCUUACGUAUUCUUUUUCUUGAUGAUUGAUGAAAUGAUGAAAGGUGAUGAUGAUGAAACCUAAGCCCCCAAACGAAUUAACUCAAAAGUCCGCAUAAACUUUCGAGUUAUGAAGCGGCUUCCUGGCACGAAGCGAAAAUAGGCAGAUACACUUUGUUUAUUGAAUACUCCGAUAUAAUAACACUCGCGAAUGUCUUCCGACUAACUUAAUGCGAUCAUUAACCACAAAACACCACUUCAUAUUAAUUAUUUAGAUUAUUCAAUUAAGAAAGCAACUGUCCCGUUCCCGUUUCCCGCCAAAAAGUUACACAUCAUCUAAUUGUAUUUUAAGUUUUACCUGUCAUUUUCUAAUCCGCCAAAAAGAAAAGAGACCUGUAAUCGACAGGCACAAAAUUUAUGGAACACACGUCAAUUUAUUUGACAGCACACGUCAAACGCGUUGCAUAUCAGCGAGAUGCCUAUUUCAUUCGGCCAGGUUUCAUUCGUUUUAAAAUUGACAGAUGUCAAUCAUCCGUCCCUUUCCUUUUCCGAGGAUAAGAACAUGACGGAUAUAACUGAAAAUGAAAUUAAGAAGUGUCUGCAGGAAUCGGGGCCAAUAUUACUGUAAAUAUUAUCGACCGGCCGUCUGUCGAUGUCGGAAAACGCGAUCAAUCGAUUUUCAUUUAUUUUUAAGUAAUAUUACAAAAGGACCUAUAUAUUUAGUAAAUAAGUACAUAAACGAAUAUAUAAUAAUAAGAAUUACAAAAAUAAACAAGUGUUCAAGAUCAAAAUAAUAUCAUUAUAAAAGGACUUCCUGUCCUUGCCAAUAUUACUUCCACGUAAAAUGUAAUUAGAACCAGCCGUGUCUCAUAAUUUAAGUUCGGCAAAUUCUGCACAAAUCUUUGAUGUAAAUUAUUAAGAAUGUAGAUACUAUAUCAAAUAAUUACAUUCUUUGAAUUUCAAAGAAGAUUUAUCAUUAAAAGCUUGUUGACAUACUUUAUAAUUAAGCGACAAAACUUAUUACGUGGAUAAAUAAAACCAAUUUAGUGGAAUUCUACGUAAUGCGGACCUCGCGAUCAAAACGGAUCUGUUACAUUUGAAUUGAUCAGUGCUGGUAACUUGUCACGUAAAAUGAACAUUAAGAACAACUCAAAGUAUGUAACUGUCACACUUUGUAACGUAAUUUUUUACAUAAAUACUGGGUGUUAGCGACACCAUACAGAAUACUGAGGGGGAUGAUUCAGCUCGUAAUUAUGAGUUAAUAGCAAGCGGCAUUUCAUGUGAGAAAAUUCAUGUUUUUUUUUUAAAUUGUUUUCAUAUCCAUAUUUUUGCGUCUACGGUAAAUUCCGCUCGAUAUCAAGUAUCAACUCAGUUACGAUGUCAAUAACACGCUGUGUAUUCUUUUACAGAACCUCAUCCGCUUAAAAUGACUGCAGCUUCUCACAACCUAUACAGCCGAGCAAUAAAAACCUCGGCACAGGGCUCUACACUUUAAAAAAAAUACAAUUUCAGCACUAUAGCUGUCUAAUACACUAGUCCCCAGACGGCUAUUCCCAUACAUUCUUAUCUUCUAAAUAGUCAUUAACCUUAUAAUCAUUGUCUUAGAGCUGAAGGUAAAUUCUGAAUGUCAAUGGGAAUCUUAUUUGAACGCAUAUUACCUAUAAGCGUGUUAUAAAAUUUAAUGAUCUUAUACUGUCUUGGGAUAGGGGAACUAAUAGGCAGUUAUGCGAUAGGAAGAACUUCAAAAAUGCCAAUGUUGGAAACUAUUAUCAUCUCUUCCAGAUCAAACGAUGGAUUAGUUCAAUGCCCAAUUUGUCUCCUCUGGAUAGAUUCUAGUAGUCGCAGUAUUGACAACGAGGAUCAAGAUUUUUACCUAUAUGAAAGACGUGGAUUAGACAGUGAGUGAUGGUUAUUAGUUCCAUUUUAUUUCAGAAUGGCCCGAUUUACUUGUUUGGCAAAAUGGACCUUGAAAGAAUAUUUUGGAAUUCAUCAAAUAUUUUAAAUUCUCUGAUUUGAUUAAGGGGGACGUUAUGUAAAAAGUUCCUAAUAAAAUUCGUUGAUUACUUCAACUUGUUGUUCGUCAAGUUUACCAUUUUGCCCACAGUUACCAAUACAGUAGUACUCAAAAAGAUAUUCAUAAUGUUCUUUAUCUACAGUGCCUGUUGGUUUAUUAAUAAAUUUAAUGAGAUAUGUUUUUGCGAAUAUUAAUAUAGUAGGCGUUUGAUGGCAAAUUCUGCUACCGACAAAAAGCGAAGCCGAUAAGAUCCUUAUGAGAUGAGAUUUCAAUUGAAUUGAUACUAUGAAAAAGAAAUGUAAGAAAUAUAGAAAACAUACACAAAACGUUGUUGUGCUAAGAAUUAUUAAAUGACGAAUAUUUUUAAGGCACAAACAGAAGGUACUAAUCACACGAAUUUUCAGAUAAAAAUAAACGAAUCAAAAGAAUUUCUUUGACAAACUCUCACUUUUUAGGGUUCCGAACCUCAAAAAGAAAAACGGAACCCUUAUAGGAUGACUUUGUUGUCCGUCCGUUUGUCCGUCUGUCUGUCAAGACCUUUUUCUCGGAAACGCGUGAAGGUAUCAAGUUGAAAUUAAUAUAUAAUACUUAUGUCUGCGGUCUAAAAAUCAAGCUUCUAAAUCAAUGCAAACCAAAGAUGCUUGUUUUUGCAUUUGCAAAGUUAUAUUUGCAGUUGGUUAAUUAAACGCGACGUAGUCGACGUAUGGACCUAUAAGUUUUACAACAGCGAAAUAAAAUUGUUGUUCAAUUAUAAACUUAUUUGCAGUUGGGAAACUUAUGGCGACCUAGUCGAUGUAUAAAGACAACUGUUUUCCAACGCCAGUAAAAAUAAGUUAACAGACUUAUUUAACAACGUAACAUGGCAUCACGCCUGUAUCCCCAAAGGGGUAGGCAGAGGUGUUGCUUCUUGACAGUUUGUUGUGUUGCUAUAUUGUGUUAUCUCUUUGAUUAUUGUGCUAUUUUUUCAACGGCAAAAUCUAUCCUUGUUUGUUUGCGACGACGCAGCGCAGAGAGGGGUGUUAUACUCGUAAGUUUGAUCCCGUCUAUGUAUCGUAUCGAUCCGAUUUAGAUGUAGUUUUUUUUAACGUUUGAUAGAUGGUAUUAUCGAGAAGGUUCUUAGAUAUGAUUAAAGGUUCCAAGGUCUGAUGAUGACCAGGUGGUCAUAGGAACUCGACAAUAAAAUGACGCAAGUCCCUCGAGUUUGGGCUUGUUUAGUUAGUCUUGAUAUCACUCUGGCCCUAGGUGGUUUGUAUUCUGCUUCUGAUUUUUAUUUUAUUAUUUAUUUAUUAAAUCUUAAUACUAAAAAUAAAAUUUGUCAAUGCCCUUCAAAACUGCUUAAACAGUUUGUCUGCAGGAAAGAGUCUUAUGGGAUAGGAACUCGACAUUAAAAUGACAUAAACCCCUCGAGUUUGGGCUUGUUUGAUUUAUGUUGAUGAGCACUCUGGUCCCAGGUGGUUGUUGGUGGUUGGCAUUCAGGGUCUGAUAAUAGCCAGAUGGCAAUUUGUGCGGAACCCUCGGUGCGCGAGUCAGACUCGCACUUGACCGGUUUUUUUACAGAAUAGAGAUUCGUUAGCAGAAUCGCGAUUCUGUUUAAAAAGUGACAGACCAACCUUAUUUAAGUGAUUUUGUGUUCAUAAAAUUUUGUUACCAGGCAAAAAUAGACGAUUGAUUUUAUUAAUAAUGAAAAGCCUUAAAUAAAUUGAUGACUAAAUUUGAUCUAAACUUGUGCCGAGGACUAGAGGCCUAUCACGGUCUACUCUUAUUGCGAAUUGCGGGCCAAUUCUGUAAGGAUAAAAUUUUGUCACGGUAAUUUUAUCAAUUCUGACGAUAUAAUUAUAUCGUUUUGUCAAUUAGUUCUAAUAAAUCAUGUUGUUCUGUCAAAAUACGAACAAAAUCACGUGGCACGCAUAUUUGGGAAAAACAAACUUAUCGAUUCCGACAAAAUGUAUUAAAUCGAUCGAUAAUUUUAUCACGUCGCGCAUGUUAGCCCCGCAGGUCGUAAUCGGAACAACUCUGCUCAUUCUUACCAAAAGACGUCAAUAAAACGGUCGAAUUAAGGACCAGCCAAAUGACAGCUAUUUAGAGUCAAAUUGGUACGCAACAUAAUUUUUCAUUCAUAUAAUUCAACGUGAUAAAAUCAAUUUGAUUAACAUCGAAGCUUCAAAUACGGUUAAAAUUUUUGACUCCAUUGUCAGAAAUUCAAUUUAGGAACUAGAAUCACCUUUAGCGAAACUGUACUUCUUGUUAUCGUGUGGGUUGUUAGGUGGAUUACCAACCUCGUCAACCCUGGUGUCAAGGUUAUUGUUGGGCCCCAAAGGCCCCUGACAUGACUCAUUUAACGACUACUUACUUACAUGAGUAAGUAGAAACUGAACUGCUACAAGAUGAUAGUAAUUCAGAAAGUACGUAUAGAUAUUUUAUUUAAAUAUUUCGAUUUAAAUGUAAAUGAGAUAGGGUGCUAGUUAUUCUGUAAUAUAUUUUAUAUAUUUUAAUUAAAAAGUCUUGGAGAAGAGAGAAAAAAUACUAAUAGAGCAGACAUACGCAC